ACACCUUACUACAGAUGCCCAGUAGCCCAGAGGCGCUGGAGGUGCAGUUGAGCGAACUCAGUCUGGAGAAGACGCUGUGCUACUGUCAGCGAUUUCCUCUGAAAAUGGUGGAGUUCGUUAAGACAAUGCCGACUUCCGGUCACUACAGGUCCGAGACCAGAUGGCGGCCUCCAAGUUCAGCGCCAUGCUGGUCAUGAUGCUGAAGAGCUCCGCGUUGUUCUGUGAGGAGCGCGACGCGUGGAUCAAGGAGUUCGGCGAACUGCCCGUCUCCACGUUCGCUCGCGUCACGCGACACGAGCAGGUCAUAGGUCACUACGCCGAUUUCUGCCGCAACCUCAAGAGAAUCCUCAAGAACGACUACUCCGCCUUUGUCCUUCUCACCUGCAUGGUUCUCUUCGACCCCUUGGCACGGACCUCUUCGACCGCCAGGCUGUCAACAGCCUCCACGACAAGUACACCAUCCUUCUGAAGCAUUACCUCGAGUCCCAGUUCUCCUACGUGUUCGCGGCAGAUUACCUGGCGGCGCUUCUAGACAGCAUUGUGGAGGGCAAGAUGGUGGCCGUUGAAAUGACGGCAAUGUUCAACGGGUGGAAAUCUACCCUGGACCCACUCAUGGUGGAAGUUAUGAAUCUCACGUAAAAUCACCCAGCAUCGCCAACUUCAGACAUUUCUAGCUUUACAUGCUUCUGAGAAAUUUCAACCAAAGAACCAAAACGGAAUGUGAAACUCGAAUUAAAAUAAAAAUAAGUCCCAAUGAAGCUAAGCCA